CUUCUAUUCAUUCUAUCAAAAGCAAUGGCCCCUAAGCUUUCUCAUCAUCUAAUUUCAUAUGCUUUCUUUCUUCUCCCCCUCCUAGUUCAAGUUUCAGUGGUCAAGUCUGAAUCCCAAUUUUCCAAAUCCCUUCAUUUUUUACAGGGAGCUCAAAUAGGUCAUGCAUUCAAAGGGCUCAAUCAGGUCAAGCAAUACUUCAACGCCUUUGGCUAUUACCCCAGUGGCAUCAAUCUCACCGAUGAUUUUGAUGAUUUGUUAGAAUCUGCCCUGAAAAUUUACCAAAAACAAUACCGUCUCGAGGUAACAGGGAAACUCGACUCUGAUACCAUCGAAAAUAUGUUGAUCCCAAGAUGUGGCGUCCAAGAUGUUUUCAAUAAACCAAACGAUCUUGUCGAGUUUGACAUGGUUGCAAACUAUACUUUUUUCAAUGGGAUGCCUAGAUGGAACACUCGUCAACUCACCUACACGUUCCGUUCUAGUGCACAAGUGAUUAGUGUUCAACAAUUGAGGCCUAUCAUUGCCAGGGCAUUCCAGAGAUGGGCAGCUGUUUCCGGAUUUACAUUCCAGGAGGCUCCUCUAUUCACCCAAGCCGAUAUCGUAAUUGGAUUUCACCGACUUUUUCAUUGGGACGGCUACCCAUUUGAUGGCCCUGGAAACGUUCUGGCUCAUGCUUUUGCUCCACAAGAUGGGAGGCUUCAUUAUGAUGCAGACGAGAAUUGGAGUACUACUAAUCUUACUACAAUAAACCAAAUCGACUUGGAAUCCGUAGCUGUUCAUGAAAUAGGACACAUACUAGGCCUUGGACAUAGUCAGGAUCCAAGGGCGAUUAUGUUUGCAUAUUACAUGCCAGGAACCAUCAAAAGGAAUCUAGGCCAAGAUGAUAUUGAUGGCAUACGAGCAUUAUACUUAGGCUAGUAAUAAA